AUGAAUAGACAUACCCGUGGUUCAUUGACCUUGCCAAGGCUACCUGAACUGGAUACCUUCUUCAACAAGGAUGCUGAACCUUUUCGGUCCCACCGCGCAUCUUCAGAAGAUUCCUUACCAGAUCCGUCUAAUAUACUCGAAGAAGUGUAUACACCGAGGACUGUCAAUUAUGGAUUGCACGCCGUCACUCCAGAAUAUCACUUAGUUGCUCCUGUCGAAUUGUCAAGUGAUGAAGAAGUGCAAUUCGCAGACCCAGAACCUAUUGCCCAGCCUGUUUCUAUCAAACGGGGCCGCGGUCGUCCUAAAAAGGCUCCUGUUGCUGCUUCUCAUAGCAAGAUUAUUCUGGUAGUAUCUUCAUUUACCUUUGAGCUCCUCUUGCACCUCAUAAAGCCAGACCGCCCUGUUGCUGGUAAACUCAAGAAAACAAAAGGCAAAGCUACAAAACAGGAACCUGAGAAGCGAGGGCCAAUCUAUGUCUCUUCAGAGACUGACUACGCUGCUUUCCUUUCUAAAAUUGCUGGUCUUGUUCCCACUCCUGUCACUGGCCUUUGCAUUCAGUCAUUUGAGUGGCAUUUUCUUUCACCAGCGACUGGUCCUUGGCUUCCUAUUAAUACGGAGGAGGGUUAUCAGUCUAUGCUUGGUAAGUUGAGGAAAAAGCAUGCAAAGGAUGAGGCUUACGUCAUUAUUCAAAUGAAGAAACCUGUUCAAACGAUCAUCCCUCCUACUGUUGAAUCUGUGAUUGAUGAAGACGAGACUUCCGAUGAUGACUUUCUGGGUCCCGUAGCAAAGAAGGGAAAGAUCGAUGAUGAAUUAGAAGGCAUUACGCAGCAACUUCAGUCACUGUAUCCAGUAGGAAAGUUCUGGGCCCGUGACAUUUCAGGCCAUAAAGAAGCCAACUUCACCAACUACUCCGUCGACAUCUGCAACUGCUCUGCCUGCCCUACCAGCAACUCCGAUAUACCCCGGUGGUUAUCCCAAUAUGCCGAUGGUGCCUUAUGGUCCAUAUCCGAUGCCAGCGCCAAUGCCGCUGCCAAUGGGAAUUGUCACAUGUCUGCAGCUCACCCUCCUGGUUCCAAAUUCCAGCUACAAAUCAUGAUCCUCAGAAAAAUGACAUGGAGCACAGUAGUCUGGAAGUCUUUUAUCUACUAUACCGACCUAGAUUAA